UAUUCAAAAUGAGUCGCUCGUCUAGUCGUUCCCCCCACCGCACUGGUCAUCACAAAUAUGUAAUAAAAGCGACUGGAGAAGCUGCUAGAAACUAUGACUUUAAGGCAGCUAGGCCACCAGGCAGGAAAAGGACUAAUUUAAUUGAAACCAUUGGUAACCUCGCGAAGAGCUGUCUGGGUGGUGGAGUGGUAGCCAUUCACGAGUCAUACAAAAUGUGCGGACUGUUGACUUCUUUUGUUUUGACUAUUGUUUUUGGGUUUUGUAUCAGCUACGCUAUGUACAUGAUCGCCCAUUCGGCUCAACGGAUUUAUGGAAGAGUACAAGUACCACAAAUGAGUUACCCCGAUCUUGCUGAAGCUACACUGGAGACAGGGCCGUUUGUCAGCAUAAGGAAAUAUAGCAAAUGUUUCAGGUACCUCGUCGACUUUACCAUCUGCUUCAAUCUCUUCGGUUCUUGUUGCGUCUACCAGAUCAUGAUGGCGCGUACUAUUAAGCAGCUCGUGGAGGGGACGAAUGAAGUCUCUUUGGAAGGCAACCCUCCUCUCAGGGUGUACAUAAUUUGCCUUGUUGUACCAUGCACACUUCUUGGCAUGAUCACUUCUUUGAAGUACCUCGCACCCUUCUCUAUAGUAGCUGAUUUUAUUAUAUUUACCGUUGCAUGUGCAACAGUGCACUAUGCAUCGAAGGUAGCAGAAACAAGUCCUUUAGAUAUGCCUGUAUUCAAAACUGUUGCGGGCCUCUUUGAAUUCAUGGGCGUAUGUAUAUUCAGUAUGGAAGGUCUAGGUGCGGUGAUGGCCGUGGAGAACAAUAUGGAAGAGCCAAGGAAUAUGGGUCGUGCGUUAUUUGGAGGCAUGUCUAUCGUUGUAAGCAUCGUCGUUACCAUCGGUUUCUUCGGUUAUUGGGGUUUUGGAGAAAUGUCCAAAUCGCCCGUUACACUUAAUUUUCCAUUAGAACCGUUUCCAAUAGCGCUGAAAUUACUCCUCGGCUUUAUGAUAUACGUGACGUUUGCUUUAAAUUUUUGGUUCCCAUUUGACCUUAUGUGGUAUUAUAUCAAGAACAAAUAUGAUCCUUCGAAAUAUUGGCUAUGGGAACGAGUAUACAGAGCCAUAUUUAUUUGUGGCAUAACGUGUAUAGCUACCACGUUUCCUAAUGUAUCCAAAUUUAUUGGGGUGCUGGGUUCUUUCUGUAUUUCCAACAUGGGCUUCAUCUAUCCAGCCUUCAUUGAGCUGUGCCUGGAUUGGACUGAUCCCGGUUUGGGUUUCAUGAUGUGGAGGUUUUGGAGGUUUAUCCUGAUUGUUACAUUUGGUCUCACACUGUGUGUCGUCGGCACUUAUACUAACGUCAAAGGCCUUAUAAAGGAGUCCUUCUAAAUA